AUGCCCCGCGGAGGGUUCGGCGGGUUCCUCGCUGGCUUGUUCAACGCGCUCAUGGGCGUCAUUUGUGUUUUGAUGUCGUUUGGCAUCAAGCCUGACGUCGAGUACAUGGCGGUGGGCCUUUUGGGGCCUCAGAGGUAUGCCUCGUCAGACGCCUCUUCGGGGUCCGAUCCAGGAGGGCGAACACAGUUCAUGAAGGCAGAGGCUGCAUGGAUGCAGAUGAAGGAGCAGUUGUCUGGAAAGGCAUGUAGAGAACUCUGGGCGCUUCACAAGCAGGCAACCGAGGGAGACUGCAGAGUACCGAAACCCGCGGGCGUCUUCAACGGGGGCGAGAAAGAGCAGUGGCGCUUGUGGAUGAGCCUGCAGGGCAUACCGGCGGAGCAGGCAAUGGCGAUGUUCGCGGAGAGGCUGCAGAGAGAGGAGGACAGCCUCUGA